AUGAAGCAUCUUCACCCUCCUCCUUGUAUAACAUGGUCUUCAUCCAUUUCCUCCACAGCACCCCUAACCUGUUCGACGAAAUUCCUAAACGAAAACCAUCAAAAAUUUUCAAAGCCACUUCCUUCUUUUCGUAUCCAGUCAUUGAAGCGGUCUUCCAAGCCUUUAUCUCAAGGGCUUCAGAAGGAUCCUAACAAGGAUUUGUCACGCAUUCUUCGAACUGAAGCGGCUAUCAAAGGUGUAGAAAACAAAGCCAAGUCAUGGAAACAUAAACAACUCUUGCCUAAGGCUGUUCUUGAAGCAUUGGAUGAUGCCAUUAAAAGGUGUCAGUGGCAUAAUGCUCUCAUGAUUUUCGAACUUCUUCGAAAUCAAUAUUGGUAUGAACCGAGAUGCCAAACUUAUACAAAGUUGUUGAUGAUGCUUAGCAAGUGCAAACAGCCUAAAGAGGCUAGUCAGCUCUUUGAGACCAUGUUGUUUGAAGGGCUUAAACCUACUGUUGAUGUCUUCACUGCUCUUGUAAGUGUUUACGGUCAAAGUGGUCUCUUUCGUCACGCAUUUUCUAUUGUUGAAGAUAUGAAAUCAGUUGCUGAUUGCACACCAGAUGUUUAUACAUUCUCUGUUCUUAUAAGUUGCUGUGCAAAAUUUCGUCGAUUUGAUUUAAUUGAACGAGUUCUUGCGGAUAUGUCAUAUUUGGGCAUUGAAUGCAACAAUGUGACGUAUAAUUCAAUAAUCGACGGAUAUGGUAAGGCUGGCAUGUUUGAGAAGAUGGAGAAUUCAUUGAUAGAUAUGAUUGAAAAUGAAAACUGUCAACCCGAUGUUUUCACGCUGAAUUCUUUGAUAGGAUCAUAUGGAAAUGGUGGGAAAAUUGAUGAGAUGGAGAAGUGGUAUGAUGAAUUUCAACUAAUGGGCAUAAAGCCUGACAUAAAGACAUUCAACAUGAUGAUAAAGUCAUAUGGCAAAGCAGGCAUUUACGAUAAGAUGAAGACCGUGAUGGAUUUCAUGGAGAGGAGGUUUUUCACUCCGACAAUUGUGACAUAUAAUACUGUCGUUGAAGUUUAUGGAAAAGCCGGAGAAAUUAAGAAGAUGGAUGAACACUUUAAGAAAAUGAAGCAUAUAGGGAUGAAACCUAAUUGUGUAACGUAUUGCUCGCUUGUCAGUGCGUAUAGCAAAGCUGGGCUUAUUGACAAAGUUGACUCAAUCUUGAGGCAUGUAGAAAAUUCUGAUGUUGUUUUGGACACUCCCUUCUUUAAUUGCAUAAUUAGUGCUUAUGGUCAAGCUGGCGACUUAAAAAAGAUGGGCGAGUUAUUCUUGUCAAUGAGAGAAAGAAAAUGCAAGCCUAAUAAAGCCACCUUUGCGUGCAUGAUCCAGGCUUACAACUCCCAAGGCAUGACUGAGGAUGCUAAAAAAUUGGAGGAAAUGAUGAUUACUGCCAAAGAUAGCUUAGAUACUAAGUUGAUUGGAUGCUAG